UUAUCUCUGCAUACAUUCCAGAUCAUACGAUUAAACUGCAUAGGUCGCUCCGUCCACUCUCGGCGCACCGUUUGACUAGUUUUGACUGCAAUGGCUCUCGAAGCUGGAGAGCUGGCUGUGACUGUGGAGUUCGCCAAGGACCUUAAGGAUAAGGACUGGUUUGGCAAGCAAGAUCCAUAUGCGGUUCUAAAGGUCGGCUCGCAGCAGUUCCGCACCAGGACCGCAGUUGAUGGCGGCAAGAACCCGGUGUGGAAUGAGACUUUCCGCUUCAAUGUCAUCAACGAGAACGACGUUGAGUUAAUUAUCAAGGACAGCGAUGUCAGCGCUGACGACAUCAUUGGAACUGCGCGCGUGUCACUGGCCAAGGUGCGUGAGCACGGCCGCGACACGCAGCAGUGCGCGGUGCACAGCAAGUCGGGCAAGCAGCACGGCUUUGUGCAGGUGAACCUCACCUUCACUAGGAACAGCUCCCUGAAGGCCGGCGGCCAUGGCGGCCAGCCCCAGCCGGGCGCUUACCCGGGCUACCCGCAGCAGGCUUACGGCGCCUAUGCGCAGCCCCAGGGCAUUCCGGGCUACGGCGUGCCAUACGGUGCACCACCUCCCGGUGCCUACGGUGCGCCGCCGCCGGGCGCCUACCCCGGCUACCCGCCGCAGCCCGGAUAUGGUGCGCCCGCACCUGGCUACCCGCCGCAGCCGGGGUACCCCGCACCUGCCCCCGGCUACCCGCCGCAGCAGGGGUACCCCGGCGCGCCGCCUCCUGGUCAGUACCCACCGACCGGUGCUCCCGGUGCCGCACCCCCGGCCUAUGGCGCGCCGCCACCGGGCCAGUACCCGCCGCCGCAGGGUGCCUACCCGCCGCCCGGUGGCGCCGGCUAUCCCGCCUACCCGCCGCAGCAGGGCUACCCGGGUGCCCCUACGUACCGCUAAGCAGACGGCCGGUAGCGACCGAUAGCUUGCUAGCUUUCUGGCGGGUUGGAAGCGAGCGUGGCUUUUGCGAUACGGUUCCUGUGGGUGCCCAUUAGGGUUCCUGUGGUACGGAUUAAUGGUGAACAGGCGCUUCACUUUGCGCUAAGCCAAUCGAGUCGUCGAGCAGGUUCGAUUUUGUCGCGUGAGCCGCCUCACCCCGGUUAGCGCACGUGUUUGAGUGUUUUGCCACAGUAGGGUGCUAAGACGCCACCACUGAUAUCGUAGCAACCGUAGUAGGGUGAGGAUGAGUCUAAUCCUAUGGCACAGCCACAGAGUCCUUGAUGUUAUCCGACAACUGUGAGAUGCGACACGACGUGUGCGACGGUCGGUUGUAGUUGCCUGUAAAUACUGUUUGCC